AGUGCCUUAUUCAUUGUGUUCAAUAAAUGUUGGUGAUGUGUGUCUCGUUCUUUGCAGGCUUUUUAGUGCUAUGCAUCCUUUACAAUGUGUUCUCCGAGUGCAGAGGUCGCUGAGGUGGGAGCCAUUGGCCUCUGUGUCCUGGCUGCUGCUCAGGACCUGCAGGGCAUGCAGCAGUUUCCCUAGCACCUCAUGUCCUGGUCCAGAGAGGCAGCAGAGUGGAGUUCCAAAGGAUUUCAGCUCCAGGCUGGCCACUGGACCAACUUUUCAACACUUUUUAAGAAGUGCUUCAGCUCCUCAAGAGAAGGUGUCUUCUCCAGAAGAGGAGGACCCACCCCCCUAUCUCACGGUGGAUGAACUUCGAGGAAGGCAAAGAAAAGUCUACCUGGAGACCUAUGGCUGCCAGAUGAAUGUGAAUGACACAGAGAUAGCUUGGUCCAUUUUACAGAAGAGUGGCUACUUGCGGACCAGUAAUCUCCAAGAGGCCGAUGUGAUCCUUCUUGUCACAUGUUCAAUCAGGGAGAAGGCCGAGCAGACCAUCUGGAACCGUUUACAUCAACUUAAAGUCCUCAAGACAAAGCGACUGCGCUCCCGGGUGCCUCUCAGGAUUGGGAUUCUAGGCUGCAUGGCUGAGAGAUUGAAGGAGGAGAUCCUCAACAGGGAGAAAGUGGUGGAUCUUUUGGCUGGCCCAGAUGCCUAUCGAGAUCUGCCCCGCCUGUUGGCUGUUGCUGAGUCCGGCCAGCAAGCUGCCAACGUGCUGCUCUCUCUGGAUGAGACCUAUGCUGACGUUAUGCCGGUUCAGACGAGCCCCAGUACCACUUCUGCCUUCGUGUCGAUCAUGCGAGGCUGUGACAAUAUGUGUACCUACUGCAUUGUUCCUUUUACACGUGGCCGGGAGAGGAGUCGGCCUGUUGCUUCCAUUCUAGAGGAAGUAAGGAAGCUUUCUGAGCAGGUUCUGCAGCUGAUUCAUGAGAGAGACAACAUCUGUAAGCAGAUCCACCUGCCAGCCCAGAGCGGAAGCAGCCGUGUAUUGGAGGCCAUGCGGAGGGGAUAUUCAAGAGAAGCUUAUGUGGAGUUAGUUCACCAUAUCAGAGAGUCUAUUCCAGGUGUGAGCCUCAGCAGUGACUUCAUUGCUGGGUUUUGUGGUGAGACAGAGGAAGAUCACCUUCAGACAGUGUCUUUGCUCCGGGAAGUUCAGUAUAACAUCGGCUUCCUCUUUGCCUAUAGCAUGAGACAGAAGACAAGAGCAUAUCAUAGGCUGAAGGAUGAUGUCCCAGAAGAGGUAAAAUUAAGGCGUUUGGAGGAACUUAUUACUGUUUUCCGAGAAGAAGCAACAAAAGCCAACGAGACAUUUGUGGGAUGUACCCAGCUAGUGCUGGUAGAGGGGCUUAGUAAACGCUCUGCCACUGACCUGUGCGGCCGGAAUGAUGGUAACCUUAAGGUGAUCUUCCCUGAUGUAGAGGUGGAAGAUGUCACUAACCCUGGACUCAAGGUCAGAGCCCAGCCAGGGGACUAUGUACUGGUAAAGAUUACUUCCGCCAGCUCUCAGACACUUAAAGGACAUGUCCUCUGCAGGACCACUCUGAAGGCCUCCUCAGCACAUUGUUGACCUGGGUGGAUGGCCUCACAGUCAAAUCGAGCAGUCCUUCCAACGCAACAGGAGAUAGGGCUGGCCACUGAGGAAAGAGGUGACAAAGCUUUGGAGACACGCUGCAUGUGGCGAAGCAACAUCAUGUCACAUAGAAAAUACAUCAUUAAAAUUUAUCUAAGGUGCUC